GCCUACUUGAAAAGCUCAAUCCGCUAACAUGCAGUCCCUUACGACGAUCCUUCACGCUGCAGCGCUUCUGCUACCUGCAGUAAGCGCUAUCAAUAUGACCUUCUACAACCCACAGUGUGGGGUUGAUUACGCUUUUGGGCCAUUCUACGAAGAGCUCCUCUUCCAGGCAGAAACCCCUACGUCAGGAUCCAACUUCACCGACUUUUUCACCCCGAUCGGUACACUGGCUGUGUUGAACAAUACCGCAUCAGGUAUCGAGGGCGUUGGCGCACUAAUGGAUGCCAUGCUGCCGGAUGAUGGGUCGGUUGUCUGGAACCACUAUCCAAAUAUCACGUUUGUGGCCAACGAAACGGAUACUAUCAAGACCUACCAGCUAAAUGGUAUCCUGCACAUCAUCGCUGCGGGCGAAUGCUCUACGACUUACUUUUCGACUCGCUUCACGGUUACGAAGAAUUCGACGACGGGCAUCCCGAACUUGCACCCUCACUCUGGAAGCUUGGUCGAAUACAAUGGUUUCCGUGUUGAUGCUUCGGAGGACCCGUGUUUCGCCCCAUACUAA